AUGCGGGCGGGACAAGAGGGAAGGAGGGGGGAGGGGGAGGGGGGGAAGGACACCGCACAGGAUAAAGCCACAGCCACAGCCACAGCCACAAGCCACAGCCAUGAACAGCAACAGCAGCAGCAACAACAACAACAAUAA